AUAUGUUAAUGUCAGCGGCAACAUGAAGGGAAAUCUAUUACUUUUACACAGAAUCAGCUAUUUAGCUAACUCGUGAGGUGAAUAUCAGUAACCAGGAUGAGGACAUCGCACAUCACUGGCUGGGCUUCUGCAUGAUACCAGACGGUCGAAAGAUGCAAAUUGAACUUUAGAUGUGGUGAGGACCAUGAAUCUACACCAAGUGCUCACCGGGGCCGUCAACCCAGGGGAAAACUGUUUCUCCGUCGGAAGCAUAAACAACGUGCCGUUCACGGCCUAUGCUUCUGGAUGUGACAUUGUAAUCUUGGGGACUGACUUCGAGAGGCUUCAAAUCAUCCCAGGUGCCAAGCAUGGCAAUAUCCAAGUUGGAUGUGUCGACUGCUCUCAACAAGGAGGACAGAUUGCUGCAUCCUAUGGUAACAUCAUUUGUGUAUUUGAGCCUGUGCUGUUGAGCCCAAAGGCAAAGAUACAAACGAAGCCGAACUAUCACUGGCAGAAAACAGGCCAGUUUGUCUUGCAGUCAAUAGCACACAACCUUGCCUGGCACCCCACAGGUAGUAGUUUGUUGACUGGGUCAAACUGCCUGCAGUUAUGGUCCAAUGUGAAUCUCCUCUGUGGUGCUGAGGGGGAAGAAGCUGGUGACCCUCAGAGCUCUUGGAGGUGUAUAUGGCGGUGCAAGACUGCCUCAACUAUUCACCUAAUUAAGUUUUCUCCGGAUGGAGAGUUUUUUGCCACAUCAGGACAGGAUGACUGUUUGGUGAAAGUGUGGUACAGCACAAGCAAGUGGCAGUCUGAUGUCACUAAGCUCUUUACUCCACCUGAGCUGGACUCUCAGGGGAAGAUGGACUUCUCCUUCAUCUACCUGACCCACCCUCGCUCAGUCACCGGUUUCUCCUGGAGAAAAACCAGCAAGUACAUACCCAGAGGUGCUGUGUGUAAUGUGUUACUGACCUGCUGUAAAGACAAUGUGUGUCGACUGUGGGCUGAAACACUGCUGCCCAGCGACAGUCUGCUCUCCGGACUCAGACACAAUCACAGCAACAGUAACAACGAUGCACUUAAAUCCAGUAAUACAAAGAAACCCUCCAGUAAUAACAAAAGCCAGAGUCAAAACCUGCCUGAGCUGAACCUUGCUGAAGCGCACCGGGGACCAAUCAGAGGUACAGCUCAACCAGCUUACACAGGGCUUCUACCUCAACAUCAGAACAAGCAUCAUGCCCACAGGGUCAGCAUCCCUCAUGCCAAUGCUCUGUGCCACUUCCACAUCGCUGCUAGCAUCAACCCAGCUACAGAUAUUCCUCUGCUGCCGUCCAUCUCAUCUCUGAGCGGUUCAGACAAGGAAGAGUCGGGCGGGGUCUUCACUGUGCACUGGCUUAACAACAAAGAGCUGCACCUGACUCUCACCAUGGAGGUGUUCCUUCAGCAGCUCAGAAGCAGUUUGGAGCAACAGAGCCCACCACUGGCCAACCAUGCCGAUGAUGAGUAUGACGAGGAUGGCAAUGUCAUUGGCUCCGACAGCAGAAAAGAAGAAAGCAGCCCAGAUGAGACUUCCAUUCCAGAUGAGACUCUCCCAGCAGCUGCAGUGGAGCACAAAGUGGAGGUGUUACUGGGUGACUGGAACAGGGGGGCGGACAUGCUCUUUAGCAUUCACCCCAUGGAUGGCUCUCUGCUAGUGUGGCAUGUUGACUGGCUGGAUGAAUAUCAGCCAGGAAUGUUCCGUCAGGCUCAGGUGUCCUUUGCAUCCCGAAUCCCUGUUGCCUUUCCCAACGACGACGCCAACUCCCUGAGCCGCAGCGUGGUGAUGUACGCCUGUAACAAAAAUGUGGAUCUGGCCAUCCAACACGGUCGGCAGCGCCCCCCAGGGCUACCCCGCUCCUCCUCGGUUCUGAUCGGCCUGGGCCAGGGAAAGCCGUGCCCGAACGGUCUGCGCCUGAGCAUCUUCACACCCAACGUGCUUAUGAUCUCCAAGCAUGUCGACGGCUCUCUCAACCAGUGGUCAGUCAGCUUCGCAGAGGGCUCAGCCUUCUCAACAGUGCUCAGCGUCUCGCACAAGUCGCGGUACUGCGGCCAUCGCUUCCACCUCAACGAUCUGGCGUGCCACUCCGUGCUACCCCUGCUGCUUACCACGUCUCACCACAACGCCCUGGCAGGUGGCCCUGUGAGCACGUCCUCACCAGGCCUAGUCUCCUCAGGUCAAAGGAAUCGCAUCUCUCUAGGUGGUGAUCCUCAAGACCCGAAUGCGGUUUACAGUGAGCUGAUUCUGUGGAGAGUGGACCCGGUCGGUCCCCUCUCUUUUUCCGGGGGUGUGUCUGAGCUAGCCAGAAUCAACUCGCUGCAUACCUCAGCCUUCUCUAAUGUCGCCUGGCUUCCAACUCUCAUCCCCAGCAACUGCCUGGGGGUUUAUGGAAACUCACCAAGUGCCUGCUUUGUAGCGAGUGAUGGCAAUUCCUUAAGGUUAUAUCAGGCGGUUAUUGAAGCCAAGAAAUUGCUGAGUGAGCUCUCAAAUCCUGAAAUAUCGAAAUAUGUAGGAGAAGUGUUUAACAUCAUAAGUCAGCAGUCUACCGCAAGGCCAGGUUGCAUCAUUGAGCUUGAUGCCAUCACUGACUUUCACGGGAAGGAGACCCAACUGUUACAUGUGUUUGAAGAGGACCUGAUCUUGGGGAAUGAGAGAAAAGAAGACUGCUUACAGGAUGUUCAGCCUGCUGAGAAUGGUUUUAGCCUGGCGUUAUUUACAGCACGCUUCUUUCUGGUGGUGGUGGAGUUUACCCGGAGCAGAAGAUCAAUCCUGCACAUGUGGCAUCUCCAACUGGAAGCAGUUCCUGCUACUAAAGAUGAGACCUCGACACCACCUCAUGACACCAUCUCCUCUCCUGUCAGCAACUCGCACAACGAGUCCCCAUCAGCCCAACGAUCACAGCUUAGCAGGUCCAAUCUGCAGAGUGCUUGUCGCCUCACUGUGACCAACAAGAGGGUUUUUAGUCAGGAGCUAAACCUUCCAAAUGGAGUCGAGGUUUUAAAUGCAACACCAGCAGCAGGUCACUUGAGCUCAUCAUCGUUGCAGCCAGCUGGACUGGCUCCAUAUCUUUUUGCCACAUCUUGUUCAGAUGGGACAGUGAGGUUCUGGAGCUGUAAAGGAAUCUCUGACGACGACGGUACUCCUGUCACUUCUGAUUACGUGUGGGAAGAAUGGCCUUUGCUAGUGGAAGAAGGUUUAGCCAGUAGCAGCGCAGUAAGCAUUCCAGGCCAGCCAGUGGCCAUCAGCUGCUGCCACACAAGCCAGGUAGCUGUAGCAUACAAGGACGCAAAACCUAAGGGACUUGGAAUCGAGCCCUGCAUUCAUGUAAGCAUAUUUCAGUGUGAGUCCACAGGAGGGUCACGGUGGAUUCUAGAGCAGAAUCUUAAAUUAAAUGGCGUGAGUAGUUUAACUAACAGUGGUUCAGAAAAACACCUGAUUGUGCCAAGCAUCCAGGAGGGUUUAGUGGUUGCUGGUGAUUGUCUGGGCACCCGGUGUAAAAAUGUAGUUCAUCUGGACUGGGUUUCCAGAGAAGAUGGUUCUCACAUAUUAACUGUAGGUCUUGGCUCCAAGCUGUACAUGUAUGGCUCGCUCUCUGGAAAACCUCCAGAUUUGAGCCUGUCCGACUCUAGCAGGGAACGCUGCUCUUCACGGCUUGUUUUGCUCCGUGUAGUGGACUUGGUAUCUUCUGUUGAAGGCUGCCUGCCCAUUCCAGUCUCUCUAUCCUGGGUAAGGGAUGGCAUUCUAGUGGUGGGGAUGGAAUGUGAGAUGCACGUGUACUCCCAAUGGCAGCCAAAAGCGCUGGCCAAAUCAACACUGACCACGUGGGAUACUAACAGUGGCAGCACAAACUCGCUUAUCACAGCACUGAAGCAAGAAGGGUCAAGUCUUCAGCCUCUGAAAAAGACUAUUACCCGGUCAGUGACCAGCCUGGCCCAGAAGCUUAGUGGUAAGAGGACUAUGUAUGAUCUUCCAGCUGAGAUGGAGGACAGUGGUUUAUUUGAGGCAGCACAUCACCUCUUCCCUACCCUCCCUCAGUAUCAUCCAGUGCAGCUUUUGGAGCUAAUGGACCUGGGCAAAGUCAGACGGGCUAAAGCUAUCCUGUCUCAUCUGGUCAAAUGCAUAGCUGGGGAGAUUGUGGCUAUGAAGGAGACCUCUGAGAGCCCGGAACGCCGUCUGCGAUCCCUCACUAUUAGCGCCAGUGGCAGCACCGCCAGGGAUCCCAAAAUGUUCACCAAGACCGGGAGCUCAGACUACACAGAGAUCGACUCCAUCCCACCGCUGCCUCUGUACGCUCUGCUUGCUGCUGAUGAGGAGACAGCCCCCAGCACCAGAGACAAAGCUCCCAGUGUGAGCGGGGACAGCGGUCACGGAUCCAGCCGGGCAGAUACUUAUGAUGAGCUCUUCCAGGCCACCACUGUGAGUUUGGAUGACUUGGAUCCUCUAGACAGUAAGGAAGAGGAUGCUAACGCUACAGUCGUCGAUCUGUCAAAAUACAGCCCCACUUUCUUUGGACCAGAGCAUGCGCAGGUUCUGUCUCGACACCUGCUCCAUUCGAGCCUGCCAGGCCUGACGCGAAUGGAGCAGAUGUCCCUGAUGGCCCUGGCUGACACAAUUGCCUCCACCAGCACAGACACUGGAGAAAGUCAGGGAAAAAGUCAAGGUGGAGAGACGCUGGAUGAAUGUGGCUUGAAGUUCUUGCUGGCUGUUCGUUUGCACACUUUCCUGCUAACAUCACUACCUCCUGCACAUCGAGCACAGCUACUUUGUCAAGGACUGUCUACGUGCCAUUAUGCCUGGGCAUUUCAUUCUGAAGCUGAGGAAGAACUGUUGAGCAUGCUGCCUUGUAUGCAGAAAGUGGAUUCCACCUGGCCUGAGCUCAGGGCCAUGGGUGUGGGCUGGUGGCUAAGAAGCACCAAUAAGCUUCGCAGGUGCAUUGAAAAGGUAGCGAAGGCGUCUUACCAGAGGAACAAUGAUCCUCUGGAUGCUGCCCUCUUCUAUUUAGCCAUGAAGAAGAAAGCUGUGGUUUGGGGCCUGUACAGGUCUCAGAAGAAUGCGAAGAUGACUGAGUUCUUCAGUAACAACUUUGCUGAGGAUCGAUGGAGGAAGGCUGCGUUAAAGAACGCGUUCUCUCUGCUCGGAAAGCAGAGGUUUCAACAUUCAGCUGCGUUCUUUCUGUUGGCAGGUUCUCUGAAGGAUGCUGUCGAGGUUUGCGUGGAGAAGAUGCAGGACCUACAGUUAGCUCUGGUGAUCUGCAGAUUAUUUGAGUCUGAGUUUGAGAUAUCCUGCACAUACAAGAAGAUUCUCCAGAGGAACGUGUUGGGUCAAGACCACCAGAUCCCAAUGCACCAGGAUCCUUUCUUGCGCAGUAUGGCUUACUGGGUCCUGGAUGAUUACAGCAGAUCCUUGGAUACUCUGCUUGAGCAACCCAACCCAAAUGUUAAUGCAUCACACCAUGAAACCAUGGCCGUGUCUCUAUGCAACCCAGAAGUUUUCAACUUCUACACCUACCUCAGAACCCAUCCACUGCUACUCCGCCGUCAUUUUGGAUCUUCGGAUAAAGCUAAAGUGGGGCUAACCGCAGAAGGCCGCAUGCCUGACUCCAUCAGCCUCACAGAAAGGAGACUGUUCUUCACUGCAGCUAAUGCUCACUUACAAGCCGGCUGCCCCAUGUUAGCAUUAGAGGUCCUCUCCAAAAUGCCCAAAGUGGUCAAACGAUCCAAACUCUUUGAUCAAGACAAACCUGAACACCCAGCUGAUGGCAGUGGAAAAGAUCGGGCCUCUGCACUGGACUGGUCCUCACCCAUGUUAAAUGGCAUCGGGUCGGUCUCAGACACCUUGUCUUCCCCGCAGGAAGAUCACAGCCACUCAGACUCUGUGUUGAGCUUUGACUGGAGCCAACUGUCCAUCACCUUGCCGGACGAGCCUCUAGAGUUGAAGUGGGAUAGCGAUAAAGAAGAGUCGGAAGAUGAAGAAACUGGCCUAGCGAUGAAGAAAAUAAAACCCGAAAACUCUGGCAUUCACAGUGAUGCUCCUAAUUCUGUCUCUGCGUGCACGGACGUCACUGCAGAUGAGUCCCUCGUCCUAUCUGAGGACAUUCUGGCUGCUCGACUUAAAUUCACUUCCUGCCUGAAGAUGCUGACGGCCGAGCUGCGGACCCUCUCUACAGGCUACGAGCUGGACGGCGGCAAGCUGCGCUACCAGCUUUGCCACUGGCUGGAACGUGAAGUUGUAGCCCUUCAGAAGUGUUGUGGCUACAACCAGUGCCUCCAGCAGCUGACUGGGGGAAUCUCCAUGGACCUUGAUCAGGUCAGUGGUGCCUCUGGAGAGGAACUGGAGUCCCAGGGGACAGUAGAGCAGAUUAAAGAGGUGCAGCGCAGGCGCAGACGAUGGCUUCAGAGGAACCAGCCUCUGCUUCGCAUUUUCCUGAGUUACUGCAGUCUGCACGGCUCUCAUGGUGGAGGGUUGGCUUCGGUCAGGAUGGAGCUGAUUCUGCUUCUGCAGGAAUCCCAGCAGGACGACUGUUCUCCGAUUCCUGUUCAGCAGCAAGCAUCAGUUCCUCUUCUGCUAGCCUGCACAGCUCUCUCCAAAACUGUCGUUGCUAAUCCCAUAGUUCACCUGAGCAACCUGACACAUGACAUACUGCACACGAUUAAUGCGCUUGACUCGCCUCCCCACCCAGACGUUGUUAACAAUGAGAUCUAUGUGAUGCACACACUGGCAGCUUCCCUGUCUGCCUGUAUCUACCAGUGCCUUUGUGACGGCCACAUCUACAGGAACUUCCCGCUUCCAAAUCAUAUCAACCAGUUCACCGGCACCGUGUACCAGAGCAUCCUGCUUUCCCAUCAUCCUCCAGUCCGGACUUUAAGCAUGGACGAAGCCAUAAGUCCAAACACUUCUCCAGCACAGUGGCCUGGUAUCAGCGCUCUGGUUCGCCUCCUGAACACAGCAGCUGAGGAAAACCAGCCUGGUGUCGGCGUGCUGCUGUGCGAGAUCCUCACUGCCGUCUUCGUCAGCCUGUUUGUGCACGGCUUGGCCACGCACUCCAGCAACGAACUCUUCCGGAUCGUGGCCCACCCUUUGAACAGCAAGCUGUGGGUGGCCGUGUUCGGCGGGGGCGCACGCCUUCCUGUGGCUGAUAAAACCAGCACACCCACAGCAGGGUCAAGUUCAGCCAUGUCAAGUUCAGCCAUGUCAGAGGAGCAGAAGCGGAAGCAGAAGCUGUUCCGAGCACAUUCUUCCAGAAGCACCUCCAAAGAGGUACCAGACAGCCCGGUCAGCCCCACCCCUAUAGUGGAGCAGGAGGCGUCUAUCUUUAAAGAGCGCUUUGUGCCCCCUGAGCUUAGCGUCUGGGACUACUUCAUCGCAAAGCCUUUUCUACCACCAAGUGCAAGCCAAGUUGAGUACGAUUCGGAGGAAAGCCAGGGAAGCGAGGACGAGGAUGAGGAAGAUUGUUCUGAAGAUGCCUUUGACAGAAGUCCUUCUGUUCAAGAACAUUCCAAUAACAACUCCUACAGCUGGUGUCUGAUGCGCUUGGCCAUGGUGCAGUUAGUUCAAGUCAGUUUGAAAUCAUUCUACCCUAUGGCUGGCCAUGACCUUGUGGAUCUGCCUGUUUGUUCCCCGCUGUGCCACUCUGUGCUGAAAACCCUGCAGCGCUGGGAACAGGUGCUCCUUAAGAGACUGGAGAUUUUUGGAGGCCCUCCGUCUAAAUACAUCUCCACACACCCGGUAGAUGUGAAUAUGGCAGCUGGACCAGCUCUGCUCAGACACAAGGCCUUAUUCGAGCCCACUAACACACCGUUCAGGUCCCGGCACCAUUCUGCUCUUCCUGUUAAGAGAUUGUGGCAGUACCUGGUAAAGCAGGAGGAGGUUCAGGAGACGUUCAUUCGCAACAUCUUCACCAAAAAGAAAGAUCAGACACAGUCGGUUGAGGAGUGCACUGACGGCAUGAGGUUGGGGUCAGGGAUGGAGGAGCCCGGUUUUACUCAGACGGAGGCAGAUCUAGGUUACCCUGCAGGAAAAGCACGCAUCAUCCACAAGGAAUCCGACAUCAUCACGGCCUUCGCCAUCAACAAGGCCAAUGCGAACUGUUUAGUAAUCGCCUCGACUCAUGACAUUCAGGAGCUGGACGUGUCCUCCAUCCUGGCCACGCAGAUAAUGACGUGGGUCGAUGAUGAUGCAGAGAUGGAAGUUAAAGGAGGUGAUGAUUUCUUGGUGGUCCACACCCGGGACGACUUCACCGCUUUGCAUGGCACAACACCGUACACCCACAGCAGCCCUGGCACUCCCAUUAACAUGCCCUGGCUGGGGAGCCACCAAACUGGCCGAGGUGCUGCCAUGCUAAUCAAGCGCAACGUAAACAACGUGAGAAGGAUGACAUCUCAUCCCACUCUUCCAUACUAUCUCACUGGAGCACAGGAUGGCAGUGUGAGGAUGUUCGAGUGGGGCCACUCACAGCAGAUCAUCUGCUUCAGGAGCCCCGGGAACUCUCGAGUCACCCGCAUCAGAUUUAACUACCAGGGCAACAAGUUUGGUAUAGUUGAUGCAGACGGAGCACUUAGCCUCUGGCAGACAAAUACAUCCGGGAACACACCCAAACCUUAUCUGACGUUGCAGUGCCAUAACAAAACCGCUCAUGACUUUGUGUUUGUGGGCUCCUCUACUCUCAUUGCUACUGCAGGCCUCUCCACAGACAACAGAAAUGUGUGUUUGUGGGAUACGCUGGUCGCACCUACCAACAGCUUGGUACACGGUUUCAGCUGCCACGAGUCUGGUGCCACCGUUCUGGCUCUUGCUCCUAAACAGCAGCUGCUGCUCAGCGGAGGCAGGAAAGGCUGGAUUAGCGUGUUGGACCUGACGCUCAAGCUCCACCGCCAGAGUUUCCAGGCCCACGACUCUGCUGUCAAGACGCUAGCUGUUGACAGUACAGAAAGCUGCUUCAUCAGCGGCUCGGCCGAAGGCAACAUCAAGAUAUGGAGCAUGUCGACUCAGUGUCUACUGCACACGUUCCCCAACGAACACGCCCGCCAAUCCAUCUUCCGGAACCUGGGCACGGGAGUAAUGCAGAUCGAAACCGCACCGGGCAAUCACCUCUUCUCCUGUGGUGCUGACGGCACCAUGAAGAUGCGAAUCCUGCCUGACCGCGUAAGCGCGUACACCAAUAAAGUGAAGAACGACGUGAAGUUUAUCAUGUAGCACAAUGUCGAGCUCGGAGCUCCUUCUGCACAGGGUAAGAUGAGCAAUAUGAACCCGUGGGCGAGGGGGCAGAUCUGAGGAUCUGUGGGGGUGUAGUUCUGUUGGAACACUGAGGAAAUCUGUACAACUGGAUAAUACAGUGACUGAAUCGUAGAUUCUUAUAAUGAUGGUCUUUUAUUGCUCUCUGUAGAAUGAGCAUUAUAUUAUAAGCACAGUUUAGGGUGGAUAGUUCCCCCAUUUUUGAUUCUGUCACAUAAUAGGGUCAGCAGAUCAUACAGAAGCAUAAAUAUCAGAGAAAUCAGCCUUAAGUAAUCAGACUUUUGCUCAGCAGUGUUGUGAUUGUGGUAUAGAGGAAUAUAUUUAAUAUGUGUCCUUAUAUUUGUACCUAAAAAUGUGUCAAACCAAAACAUUGGUGACAUUUAAAUUCUUGUAGCUUUGUGCUUAGUCUAAUAAUCUUACUCAUAUUGGUAAUAAUAACAUGAUCCACAUGUGUGUUAAACUAUAUGUAGUCACAUGUACAUCAGCACAGCCAAUCUGCAGAGCUUGUUUCCCAUCAAUAACAGUGGUAAAUAUUGCUUAUGCAUAUAUAAUAUUAAAUAUAUAUAUAUAUAUAUUUUCCCCCUUCUUUUCAUUUUUAUCCAUCGCUUCAUCAUGGUUAGGGUGGCAGCAUGUCCAGUUCCACCGGGAAACACUGGUCAUAAUGCAGAAAUACCCUGGACAGGGUGUGAAUCUAUCGCAGGUCCUCAAACCCCCAGACCCUAUGUACCCUAUGUCUAUGUAGACGCCCAGCCUUUGAGAUUUCAGCCCAGAUCCUAGAGGUGGUGGGCUAGCCUAGACUGCUGAGCCGCCCAAACGCCUGUAAACAUUUCAAUUACUCUACAACAAAGCUCUUUUCAGUAAACAGCAGUGAUUUCAUUAUAAUGUCAUUACUUGUGCUAAACUGGAAACACAAUUCCAUAAUCCUUUACAAUACACGCUGACAGCUAAUCGUCUCCAGGCUGUCUGCUUUAAUAGCUCGGCUAAUUAGCAAGCGCUUCCCGAGUUCAAUCCCUUAUCGCUACUGCGCCACGUCUCUCCAGAACUCGGAGUCAGCAGCACUAGAUUAGUGUUUGUUCUAGCACACUCUCUCUCCCUCUCUUUUUAAUGCUGCCAAAGUCAAAGUGCUACGCCAUCAGCUUAUCGUUUUACAACUAUUCUUUGAAUCAAAGGUGACGGGUGCAUAUUGAAAGCCCUGCUGAAUCAGUAGACUGAUGUUUGUCAGCCUCAUGGUUUAUGAGGAACGAUUGCAGUCAGCCGCUGCACAAGAAACAAGCUUAUCGGCUGUAAAAAAAAAUUUUAAAUUUAAAGCUUUAUUUCCGGGAGCAACUAAAACAACAACUGUUCUGUUUAUGUAAAUACAAAAUCAAGAAUAUCUUGAGUAUUUAACAGCAAAAUGUUCAAAACCCAGUUUACACAAAUAUUUAUAACCGUGUCCUUUGUUAGAUCUUUGAUACUCUUAGUUUUUAGAAGAACUUAGAAGAACAUUCAUGCCAUCGGUACAUUGUAAGCAGUGUAAGUGUACUCAAUCACUGUUAGGUGAGAGUAGAAUAUCAUGCCUAUAUACUUCAAAAUACUUCAUGGGGGUGGGUUAAAUAAGCAGGUGAAAUAAGGAGCCUGGUGUGUGUUGCUAGUAAAGCUUUUUCCCUUAAAAACUUUGAAAUGUGAAUAAACACAAAUACAUUUAAUUUUAUAACGAUAUAAAUACUAUUGUAAAUCAGACUGUAAUUUAAUGAAGCAGAUGUAAUAUUAUAAUAAAUGAACCAAAGUGUAA